AUGGCGAACAUUGAUGAGGUUUUUAGAAGAGUGUGUUCUUUAAUCCCCGCUAUAGUGAUUGGCUUACCUUUAUCAGGAAAUUUCAAGGUGAUUCUUCUACUUUUUUAUGUCAUUGGUCGAACCAUAGAAUUUUACCUUUUAAAUUAUAAUAUCCCAAAAGGUUGGAGUGAAUUAUCGAGACAAGAUGUUGCGUUAAUUACUGGCGGUUCAAGAGGCUUGGGGUUGGAAAUUGUCAAGAAGUUGAAGCAAAAAGUAGGCAAAGUCAUCAUAGUAGACGUAGCACCUCCUCCAGCUUAUAUUAUCGAAGAUGAUAGUAUUCAAUUUGUGCGGUGCAAUAUCGGCGAUGAGGCAUUACUUAAGUACACCUUAACUCGAGUAAUUGAAAAUUUGGCCAUUGCCGAACAGCACAUAAGUGUUUUGAUCAACAAUGCAGGAAUAGACCAUCGGAGUUCACUUCUAGAUCUCCCUGAUGAGGAUAUCAAGCAGGUGUUUAACGUCAACUCUUUUGCACAAAUCUGGACCUUGAGAGCGGUGAUUUCUAACCACAUGAAGCAAAACAGCGACAAGCAACUCUUUAUAGUCUCUGUUGCUUCAAUUCUAGGAACUUUAGCCCCUAAAAAUCUCACGUUGUACCUGGCCUCUAAAGCAAUCAAUAUACAAGUACACGAAGGGCUAACUCAAGAAGUCAAGGAGUUGAGUCCUAAGGUGCGCCUCUUGUUGGUCACUCCUGGACAGUUGGACACUGCUAUGUUUGACGAUAUCGAGGCUCUGAAUGAGUUCUUUGCACCUUUAGUUAAACACGUAGAGCUUGCAGAAACCAUAGUUGGGAGAAUAAACAAAGGACACUCCGGAGUCUUGGCCAAUCCUAUGUAUGCCAAUCUCUUGCCUAUAGUCAAGUGUCUUCCCAUAGCUUUGCAAGACUUCUGCCGUUGGCUCUCACAAAUGGAUAAUAAGAUAGAACCUAAAGCAGAAUUUCCCAAAUAG